GCCUCAUCGCAUCACAUCAACUCUAAGUUCUACGAAAUCAAUGUGCAACAUGAUAAUUUUGACGUCGUUGUUGUUCGCCCAGCACAGUGUUUAUGGCUGAAGAGAUGACCUCACUUUCGCGGUGUCAAAUGUCGAUCCUGACAUCAUGCGGCGUUUUAUGCCUUGAUCCUCAGCGCUGCAUCAUAUAAACGCACCACUGCAUAUAAACGUACAACACCUCUCCCACUCCUUUCUCCAAAGCUCUCAACUUUGUUAGUAACAGUAUUUCUGUCUUACAAAACAUCUCAGCAUUUUCCCAAAUCCUCCUACCUUAACCUACAAUCAUCAUGCCUCUCUUCGGCCACAAGGACACCACCACUGCUCCUCCCCCGACUUCGACCUCACCACCGGCUCGUAGUCGUUCUAUCUUCAACCGCCGCCGAUCAUCAUCUCCAUCCCUUGAUUCAAGGCAUUCAACUCACCACACCACCACGAGCCCGAAGAGGCAUUCCGUGCUCCAUCGCGGCCACGAGGAUGCAAGCAUCAUCAGUGCGAAACAGAGCCUGAUGCAGGCGGAGAACGCAGAGCGCGAGGCUGAUCGAGCAUUGCUCGCUGCCAGGUCUGCGGUCCGAGCUGCCAGGGACCAGGUCAAGAGAAUCGAGCGUGAAGCUGCUGAGGAGGCUCGACUGGCAAAGAUCAAACAGACCCAGGCUAAGGCUAUGGGCAAGCGAGGAAAGCAGCUUGGCCGACAUGAACAUAGUUUCUAGUCGCACCGAGAUGUUGUAGACUUGUCGUAGCGUUACUAUUUUAUUGCUUCCAAG